AUGCCUCCGAAAGGAGGCGGAGGGGGUCGGGGGAGGGGAAGAACCGCAGCAGCUGGCGGAAGAGGCGGGGGAGGCGGACGCGCGGGGGGGCGAGUGGCGCAAGGGAGAGCGCCUGGAGGUACUGGAAAGCAGUCAGCUCCUGCUCCCAGCGGAACAGGCGGAAAGGCUGACGCAUCAAAGAGAGUUGGAGUGGGAGGUCCUUCGGGUGUCUCCUCUGCUGGCCCUACGAGAGUGGAGGGAGGAGGUGGGAGUGCCAAGUCGGUGACGCUCAUUGGUGGAGGGUUGGGGAAGAACGCGUUCGAACGAGCCACGGAGGUUCGGUUGAGUCCCGAGGCUGAAGAGCAGCUUCGAAUGCUGGUUGUUAAGGCAUACGAUACCAAGAAAGGUGCGAACGGCAGCAGCACCUUGGAUGCUUCUCCUGCGGCCUCAUCAUAUUCCACAGACAGCGCUGCUGGUCCCAUGACAGUACUUGAAGAAAAGACUGCGAACAGGCGCAUAUUAUCCGCGUACGAAACACUCUCUAGAGAGGGAUUUACUGUAGAGCAGGUGGAGAGUUCCCUCUCGUCUCUCGUCCCCUCGUCGCUUUCCCUGGAGGCGGCUUUUGAUUGGCUUUGCCUGCACCUGCCACCUCAGCAGCUGCCGCAUCAUUUCGCCUCUGCAGCUGCCACUGCCACUCUGGCACGAGGUGACGUGGAGGUUGUGCUUGCUGCUGCUGACGUGGAAGGGGAAGGACAGCGAGGCGGCGAUGACGCAUGGGGAAAAGAUGGAGAUGAGGAAGGGGGAAGUGGGGGAAGGUCCUCAGCAGCAGAAGCUGAGAAAUUCAGGAAGAUGGAAGAAGAGAGGAAGGCGAAGGAGGAGGCAGAGGAGAAGGAGAGAGAGAAGGAGAGGAAGAAGAAGCAGGCGGAUUGGAUCAAGCGAUAUGUGACGGAAUAUGAGAGUGAGGAGGAGGAGAGUGAGGGUGAAGGGAGGGGGGAGGAGGAAGAGGAUGAGGAUGACUGGGAGAAGGUAGCGGAUAAGGGGGCCUCAGGAGGUUUGACUGCAGGAAGCGACUUGCUCAAGGGGUCUCCUCUUUGGGAGGUUUGGGCUGAUGCAAGGGAGAGAAGACGCCGGAAGGAACUCAGGAAAAAGGCCCCUGCAGAGCAGCGCAUGCAGUCGUUGGCGAUGGAUCUGGGGAGGGCAAAGGCCGAGGCAGCAAGGGCGAAGGGGAGCAUGGACAAGGGCAGGCAGGCAGAGGCGGGGCUGCUGAUCCGCGAGAUCAAAGAGGAGGCUGCAGCAUACGGUUAUUCUGAAUCCAUGCUCGAAGAGGCCAACCAGCAGCAGAUUGCUGUUGGAGGGGCAGAGAAGGAGGAAGAGGAGGGAGGGUUUGGGCUGUUUGGGGAGGAGGACGAAGAUGUGGAAGCGCCAUUGGAAAGGGGAGGGAAAGCAGCAAGUGGAGAGGGGGAAGGGGCAGGGGCAGGGGCAACAGGAAAGCCAGCAGAAAAGGAGGUAGAAGAGGAGGAUAUGGGGCUGGAAGGCAUGUCUCUCUUUGACGAUGAGAGUGACGGGGGAGGGGGAGGGGAAGUGGGAAAGGGCGCAGCAGCAGCGUUGCCCGAGUCUGUGCUAGCACUGCAGCGGAAGAGUGCGAGGGAAAGAGCGUGGCAGCAGCUGCAGCUGGCAGGUGGCAGGGGGGGAGGGAAGGCGGGAGGGAAGGAUAAGAAAGGCAAGGACGCUGCUGCUGCGGACAUGCAAAGGCAGCCCAAGGCUCUGCUGCAGCAGCACUGCCUUAAAGCCCUCUGGCCCGCUCCCAAGUACACGAAGCUUCCAGGAAGCAGCGGCGCAGGGAAGUUUAGCUACUCAGUGACUGUGGUACGGCAGGGGGGGAGGGGAGGAGGGGGGAGAGGGGGAGCGGGAGGGGGAAAGGGAGAGGGGGUGGGGGUAGGGCCGAUUACAUUCCAGGUGCCAGCAGCCGAGGAUGGGUAUGAGAGUGUGUCAGAGGCUCAGAACGCAGUGGCUCUUCUGGCCUUGCACGCCCUCCUGCCCCACAUGCCUCUGCACCAUCAGCUGGUUUCUCCCUACCGAGAGCAGUGGCUGGAGCUAGCAGAGAAAGCAGAUGCUGCAGAGAUGAGCAUCAGCAGUGCCGCUGCAGCAGCAGAGGCAGCAGCGAAGCACCAAGUCAAGUUCGCUGCAGCACUCGUGGAUAGUGAGAUCCGGGCUAGGGAGGCCGCUGCUGCUUCUGGUACUGGUCCUGCUGGUGCUGCUGAGUGUACUGGUGCUGGUGGUGCUUUCUCUGGUGGUGGCGAUGCUGAGAAGAGUGCAUUCGCUGUUACAGACGAAGAGAAGGCAACGGGUGGAGGGCAGAAGAAGCAGAGAAUCCCGUUUCUUGGGCAAGAGGAAGGCCCUACCGUGGUGCGCAGGAGGGAGGCUCAGAGCUGGGAGCUGCAGCAGCGUUGGCGCCAGUGGCAGGCCCUGGCAGUUGUAGGGGCAGGCGGGGCAGGAGGAACAGGAGGCACAGGAGGAACCAACAGAGAGGCAAUGGAAACGAGUGAGAGGAGGGCGAUGCAGGGGAUGAAGAGGAAGCGGGGAGAGCUGCCGAUGGCAGCAGUGAGGGAGGAGGUGGUGCAGGCGUUGAGGGAGGGGGAUGUGGUGGUGGUGAGUGGGGAGACCGGGUCGGGCAAGACCACACAGGUGCCGCAGUAUAUCUUUGAAGAGGCGGAAGCUUCCGGGACGGCGGGGUUCUGCAAUAUCGUGUGCACGCAGCCUCGACGAAUUGCUGCCAUAUCGGUGGCAGAGCGAGUGGCAGCAGAGCGGUGUGAGCCGCCUGUUGGGAGUGGCAGCAGGGGAGGAGGUCCUGCAGGCGUGGUUGGUUACCAUGUGCGGCUGGACGCUGUCAAAACAUGGGAUACGCGCAUCCUCUUCUGCACCACAGGAAUCUUAUUGCGGAGGCUAGUUGGCGACCCUCUGCUGUCAGACGUGACGCACGUGGUGGUGGACGAGGUGCAUGAGCGCUCCAUCCAGGGCGACUUCCUCCUCGUCAUCCUCAGAGACCUUCUGGCCCGCCGCCAACACAUGAGACGACAGAUGCCACACCUCCCUGCGUUAAAGCUCGUGCUCAUGUCAGCCACUCUGGAUGCUUCUCUCUUCGCCUCCUACUUCUCUGGGUGCCCGGUCAUCCAAGCCCAGGGCCGCACCUUCCCCGUGGAGAUGAAAUAUCUAGAAGACGUGUAUGAGAGCACGGGGUACAAGCUCUCUUCUGACUCUCCAGCUGCUCUCAGAUCGGAAUCCAAUCAGUCCCGAGCCAAGGGCUCCAAGGCAGCAGCGGGAGGCGGUAGCAAGACCAAGCAGAAACUGCUGAAGGCGGGAUGGGGCGAUGAUGCUUCCCUGCAGGCUGAAACAGUGAAUCCGGAUUACGAUGCCUCGCGAUACAGCGACUACAGCGACAGCACCCGGAAAAAUCUGCGGCGGGUGGACGAGGGAACGAUAGACUACGAGCUACUGGAGGACGUGGUUGCUCACAUCGACUCCACAUGCGGCCCAGGAGCCAUCCUCGUCUUUCUGCCUGGCAUGGGCGAGAUCCAGUACCUGUGGGACAGGCUGGCAGCCUCGAGGCAGUUUGGGGCGCCGGGGAAGGUGGAGUGGCUGCUGCCUCUGCACUCGUCCGUGUCGGCUGCUGAGCAGCGAACAGCAUUCAACAGCCCUCCCAGUGGCGUGCGCAAGGUGGUGCUGGCGACCAACAUAGCGGAGACGAGUAUCACCAUUGACGAUGUGGUGUAUGUGGUGGACGUGGGCAAGCAGAAGGAGACGCAGUUUGAUGCCAGGAGGGGGAUGACCAGUCUGGUGGAGGCAUGGGUGGCCAAGGCCAACGUGAGGCAGAGGGCAGGCAGGGCGGGGCGGGUGCAGGCAGGGCGGUACUUUGCUCUCUUUACCCGCCACCGCUUUGAAACCAUCAUGCGGCCGUUUCAGCAACCGGAGAUUCAGCGAGUGCCUCUGGUGGAGCUGUGCCUGCAGAUCAAGCUGCUGGACCUGGGCACGCCAGCGCAGUUCCUCAGCAAGGCCAUAGAGCCGCCCAAAGAGGAGGCGGUGAGGAGUGCGAUGAAGACUCUGAGGGAAGUGGGGGCAGUGGACGAGAGGGAGGAGCUCACAGCUCUCGGCACACACUUGGCUGCCUUGCCGGUUGACGUGCGCAUAGGGAAGAUGAUGAUAUACGGGGCAGUCAUGGGGUGCCUCAGCACGGCCCUCACCAUCGCUGCCUGCCUCAGCUACCGCUCCCCCUUCUCCUCCUCCUUCCACGAUCGUAAAGCAGCUGCCAGGGCAAGGCAAGCGCUUGUGGCCAAAGCUCGGGAGGCCAACCCCGAUGCAAGCUCACAGGAAGCAGCAGGAGGCAGGCAGGGAGAGAAGGGGAGCUGGGAUGAUGGCGAUAGUGAGGAUGAGGAGGAGGAUGAAGGGGGCUGGGAGUCAAAGGUAGAAACAGAGACUGCAGGGGGGAAGGGAGAGGGAGGAGCAGGUGCGAGUGGGAACGACAGGGCAUGGAACAUGGCACGGGGGCAGCAGUCCGACCAUCUCGCUAUGGCCUCAGCCUUCAACGGCUGGGUGCUGGCUCUUCAGGUGGGUGUGCUGGCUCUUCAGGUGGGUGUGCUGGCUCUCCAUGUGGGUGUGCUGGCUCUUCAGGUGGGUGUGCUGGCUCUCCAUGUGGGUGUGCUGGCUCUCCAUGUGGGUGUGCUGGCUCUCCAUGUGGGUGUGCUGGCUCUUCAGGUGGGUGUGCUGGCUCUCCGUGUGGGUGUGCUGGCUCUCCAUGUGGGUGUGCUGGCUCUCCAUGUGGGUGGUGGUUCCUGA